CAGUGUGACGUAUAAUCUAGUGGACGGGACGUUCUUUCAACAACAACAGCUAUUCAGAUACCUCGGCAGCUUUCUGGCAAACAUAGCUACAACAUUCACGCUCUUUACACUGUUUUGGUGUUUUAAAGUUCUGUCGUUUAGCUAGUUACCUUAUUUAAUGUUAUAUGUACAUUGUUACUCAGCUAGCUGGCUUAAUAAGUUAGUUUAGAGCUAGGCUAGUCGCUAAUGCUACCUAGCUAACAUCUCCGACCAUGAGUUCAUUGAGCUGCUCUCCUCCUGAUGAAGAAGAGGAGGUCUGCUGGACGGAGGAAGAAGCUCUGUGGCUGAACGUUGUCGUGAAAGAGGAGAAAGAAGAGGAGGAUGUCACCGUUAAAAAACAAGUAGAGGUUGAGUCUGUUCCGGUUAAAGACGAAGAGAAAGACGUUACUGUGAAAGAAGAGGAGGAAGAGCAAGAGGCGAAUGCAGGAGAAGAGGGGGAGACGACUGUCACAUUGAAAGAAGACGACGAGGAGGAGAUAGAAGAUCUGAUUAAGACCAGAGAGAGACCAGACUUUCACUCUGACAGCGGGAAGAGUCCUUCAGGGGAACCAGACCCAGAGACACCCAAACCAGGGAGACAACACCAUUGCUCCCAAUGUGAAAAGAGAUUUUCCCAAUCAGGGGACCUAAAACGGCAUGAGAGGAUACACACAGGGGAGAAGCCUUUCCAAUGUUCCCAGUGUGGAAAGUGUUUUAACCGCUUAAGCAACCUGAAGGCGCAUGAGAGGAUACACACACAUUAUUUCCAAUGUUCCCAGUGUGGGAAGCGUUUUGCCUGCUUAAGCAGGCUGAAGAGGCAUGAGAGGACACACACAGGGGGGAAUCCUUUCCAAUGUUCCCAGUGUGGGAAGCGUUUUACCCACUUAAGGAGCCUGACUACGCAUGAGAGGACACACACAAGGGAAAAUCCCUUCCAAUGUUCCCAGUGUGGAAAGCAUUUUACCCGCUUAAAGUGCCUGACGACGCAUGAGAGGAUACACACAGGGGAAAAGCCUUUCCAAUGUUCCCAGUGUGGAAAGCAUUUUACCCGCUUAAGGAGCCUGGAGGAGCAUGAGAGGAUACACACAAGGGAAAAUCCUUUCCAAUGUUCCCAGUGUGGAAAGCGAUUUACCCGCUUAAGGAGCCUGGAGGAGCAUGAGAGGACACACACAGGGGAAAAGCCUUUCCAAUGUUCCCAGUGUGGAAAGAGUUUUACCCGCUUAAGUAGCCUGAAGAAGCAUGAAAAGAUACACACAGGGGAAAAGCCCUACCAAUGCUCCCUGUGUGGAAAGAGUUUUACCAACUUAAGACAUCUGAAUAAGCAUACAUCUACCAGUGCUCUCAUUGUGGAAAGAGAUUUAACCGGUUAAGGCAUCUGAAUAAGCAUGAAAGAAUACAUACACAGGAGGAGAAGACAUACCACUGCUCUCAGUGUGGAAAGACAUUUUCCCAGUCAGAGGACCUGAAAACACACGAGAGAAUAGAGAGGCUGUGUUCUGACUUGUGUUUUUGACUCAGAAUUUAGGUUUUUGUUUAUGCCACAUGAAAUCAUUAACAAAAUAAACCUACUCUUUUCAAGUUUUCAUCUGGAGAUGAUAAAUACUAUAAAUGAUAAAUACUAUACAAUGGAUGAACCUUCAUUCAAAUGUCAUCCAUAGCAUAUGAGUAUAAACCCUCUACUAUAAAUGAUAAAUACUAUACUAUAAAUACUAUAUACUAUACUAACCUUCAUCCAUUGCAUACGAGUAUAAACCCUCUACUAUUGUUCAUUAUAUUUGGGGGAUAUUGCUAAAUGUUAAUUAUUAUAUAGAUGAAUGGAGUUUUGCAUUUCUUGAUUCUAACCUUAAACCUCUGGGAUUUGAUGUGAUCUGGCUUUUCACUAAAUGAAUUUGAUUGAAUAUAUGAUUUAGAUAUAUCACCAUGUAAAUGAUGGAAUAGAUUAAUAGAAUGAGCAUUUCUUGAUUUUGAACAUUGAAACCUCUUGAAUUGAGUCGUUUUGUUUCACUGAGUUAAUUUGUUUACUAGUCGUCAAGAUAAAGGACGAUGAAAAUGUGAUGGCGUUUUUAUAACAACAUUGAUGAGUUGUUGACCUGAAAAACAUGAAUGUUCCCAUCCACUAUGUAGAAGCAGUAUAGAGCUAGUUGUUAAUUUGACUGAAUCAGAAUUUGCAUUGAAUACAGAUGUGAAGUUUAUUUUAAAUCCUCACUAAUCGAUCAACAAAAACGUGUCUUUCUAAGUCUCAAUAUAAUAUUAAACCUUUGAAAUAAAAAAAAUUAAAAAAAAUAAAACAAUUCCUGUACCCACUCCAGUCAGCAGAUGGCGAUGUGCGUCUUUCAGGCGAUGCUUCUAGCGUGACAUAAUCUAGAGGACGAGAGCUUCUUCUUUAAAAUAUAGAUAUUUUUUAAAUGCGCUUUUUAGUCUUAAAUUUAAGGUUAGAGUUCGACUGGUUAACUGACAUGAUGAAAACGAUGUGCAUCCAUGGGGCAGAAGUCAGUGUGCUGUUGUGAUUCUGGAUGGACAGAUAGCGAUGAACAAUGACAAGAAGCUGCAAUGUGGGGAAUCGGCUCCUUUAAAUUAGUUUAAUCUUCUUCUUGAUAAGCGUCUCGUUUUGAGGUGUUUUGACUGACGGCACAUCUAUGUUAAACUUCGCUAGCUGGUUAACCAACUGUAACAAUGUAUCUGAGACACAACAGGUGCU